UGACAAAGGAACAGGAAGGGUUUUUUCCCGCUCAGGAUUUGUUGUAAACCAUCAGGUUUUCCGGGAGCUCAGAACUAUGAUAAAUGGCUCUUUUAAGCUUGGAGCUGCUCGAGUUCUGGCUAGUUGGCAGAUGCAGUGCCUAGUCCCCGGCCUCCAGGACAACGGCAACAUGAACGGGACGUCCGAGCAGGCCGACAUCCUGCCGCCAAACUGUAUGGUUAAGGACCGAUGGAAAGUGCUGAAGAAGAUCGGCGGGGGAGGGUUUGGGGAGAUCUACGAGGCCUUGGACCUGCUAACACGGGAGAACGUGGCGUUGAAGGUGGAGUCGGCCCAGCAGCCCAAGCAGGUUCUGAAGAUGGAGGUGGCUGUUCUCAAGAAGCUGCAGGGUAAAAACCACGUCUGUAAGUUUAUCGGCUGUGGAAGAAAUGACAAAUUUAACUACGUGGUGAUGCAGCUUCAGGGUCGAAACCUGGCCGAUCUACGGAGGAGUCAGCCCAGAGGAACCUUCACCAUGAGCACCACCCUGCGACUCGGCAAGCAGAUCCUGGAGUCCAUCGAAGCCAUCCACUCAGUGGGAUUCCUGCACCGCGACAUUAAACCGUCAAACUUUGCGAUGGGCCGGCUCCCCUCAACCUACAGGAAGUGCUACAUGCUGGACUUUGGUCUGGCGCGUCAGUACACCAACACUUCUGGAGAAGUUCGACCGCCAAGGACUGUGGCAGGUUUCCGAGGGACGGUCCGCUAUGCUUCAGUUAACGCCCAUAAGAACAAGGAAAUGGGUCGCCAUGACGACCUGUGGUCCUUGUUUUACAUGCUGGUGGAGUUCGCUGUUGGCCAGCUACCGUGGAGAAAAAUCAAAGACAAGGAACAAGUAGGUCAGAUUAAAGAGCGUUACGACCACCGGAUGCUGCUCAAACACAUGCCUUCAGAAUUCAAUAUUUUCCUGGAUCACGUCCAGGCCUUGGAUUAUUACACCAAACCAGACUACCAGCUGUUGAUGUCAGUAUUUGAGAACAGCAUGAAGGAGCGAAUCAUAACGGAGAAUGAGCCCUUCGAUUGGGAAAAGGGAGGAGGCGACGCUACGCUCUCGACCAGUGCCUCCACUCAACCACAGCACAAUACCCGACCCACCGCCGCCAUAGUGGGAGCAAUUGUGACGCCGGUUCCUGGAGACCCUCAGAGAGAAAACACCGAAGACGGCCUGCGCGAUGAACAUUUCAGCGAUCAGGAGAACGCUCCUCCCCCGCCACCGAGCCGGCCGCCGCCAGAGACGGCUACGCAGCCGAACGCCAGGGAGCCUGGGGAGGCCUGGGAGGACACAGACUUUAACCGCAACAGACUCAGGAUCAGUCUUAACAAGGGGCCUGAGGAAGAUGAGGCGGGUCGAGCGGCAGGUCCUGUGUCGCCAGUUCGAGGGGGGGGCCCUGAGUCGCCGACAGGUCAGGGUCGGUCUUUACGAUAUCGUCGGGUCAAUAGCCCCGAAUCUGACCGCCUGUCUGCUGCUGAAGGCAGAGUGGAUGGCUACGGACAGAGAUCCAGGAUGGACAUGCUGGGAUCUCCCUCUCGUCAUGUUUACUCCUCUCAACCAGCUCAGAUGCUCUCCGUCGACCCGGGUUGCCGUGGCGACCGUCAGGCCAGCGGACGCCAAGAGGUGUCGGUGGCGUCUGUUGACCAGGAGGCGCACAGCAACGCUUUCAUACGGUCUGUCCCGCUGGCCGAGGAGGAGGACUUUGACAGCAAAGAGUGGGUGAUCAUCGACAAAGAGGCCGAGCUGCGGGAUUUCCAUCCCACUACGUCAGGAACCACUGAUGAGGAGCCCGAGGAGCUCCGCCCCCUGGAGGAGCAGGAGGAGAGGAGGCGGCUGAGGGCUGGAGGAGGGGAGCUGGUGGUUCGGCCCAAAACUCACACCCGCGACAGCAGCCGCGGGAUGCUAACGCUAACGGAAGAAGAGGCAUCGAGGAGAAGCGGCGGGAGCCCCGCACAGUCGCCCUGUCACUCACUGCCGUCGGGACGCCCACGCAGGAGAGAGUCAGAGCCGACCGGACCUCAGAGACCGGUGUUGUCACCUACAGAGCAGAGCGUCCCGUCGCCAUCCUCUCCUGACUAUCGAACAAAGGGUCAAGGCGAUGAGAUGGAGCACUUCCACAUCCUUCCUCAGCUGCAGGCUAAGAGGGCAGACUUCCUCACUGUCAUGUUGACGGGUACUUUGCCUCAGCGUAGGAGCUUUGCCACGCCGGACGAAGAGGUCCAGGAACCUCUUGGGCCGAAGGACGAUGACGUAACUAAAAGCGAUUCCAACAGCGAGGCCAGUCAGAAAAGCACUGAACGCAGCCAGGAUGCUGCACCCUCGACGCUCAUGGCGGAGGACCAGAGAGGACAGAAGGAGCACGCGUCGGCCGCUGAUGCAGAUCCGGACCUGGAGGACGCGUCAAAGACUCUUGUUCUGUUUUCACCUGGAGACACUCGCAAGUCCCCCUGUGGUGGGGAACAUGUUCUCGAGGGGGAAUUGGGGACACCCUCCGGUCUAAAUUCUCGUAAUGACCGCCUACUGACAGGGGAGGGGAUUCAGCCUGAACUCUCUGAAACUGGCCGCCUGUCUCCAGCCCUCAGGUCAGAACUGAGACCCUCGACUCCCAUUGCUCCCGGAUCACCUCCCUUCACCAAAGUUGAGCGCACUUUCAUUCAUAUUGCAGAGACAUCACACCUCAAUAUUAUGUCUUCCAACGGUCACUCCGCAAAAGAAACUGACCUGGGAGACUUUGCUCUCACGAGGGAAUUGGCUGCAGAGGUUGAAACCCAUGAGCGGAGGGAUGCACCACUGCCCAAAGAGGCUGCAGAGGAGCCUGAGCCAGACAAAUCCAGUACAGAAGAUAAGCAACCAAAAACUGAAAAUGGUCCGUCAGCCAUCUUCGCCAUGUCUUUGGAGCCUGCCUCUAAAGACUCCUCACCGGUUUACGAUCAAAAGGAUCAACCCCAUGAAGCUACGAAACAACUUCCCUCCAGUGAGGACGGUUUAACGCUUCAGGCUGCUGGAGCAGAGCUGCCGGCUGGUACUAAGCCCAAAAUCCGAAGCAGAAUCCCCAUUCUUAUCUCUGAAGAGGAUUCGGGCUCAGAACAGUCCUCUUCCUUUUCGGCUCGAGCUCGGCUUCAGCAGCGGGCGAGACAGCUCGACCUGGCUCGCUUGCUGGUUCAGAAGCAACAGGGUCGCUGGAUGAGGAGGCGGAUGCUGUCCGGGACUUCGUCAUCCUUGUCCUCUGGAGACGACGAGCGCCUGAGAGUUUCUGAGACUUUAUCCAUGACGGGCUCAGAGGAGGACAUGCAUACCUCGGACGAAUCCAGAAGGAGCUCCCGUCUCAAACCCACAGAAGAACAAGGGUCCAAAGAGUGCAGGAGCAGAAUCCCUAGACCCGUCACUCCCGUAAAAAGACCUUCUGGGGGUUUCGGCGUCGCUGCUUCUCCUCUCUCCUUGCCAGACUCCAAAAAUACAAAAGCGGUUUCUUCCGUCAUAAAUGGAAAUCAGAAAGCUGCUCAGCCCCCCCAAAGGAAACCUAAGCCUGUCUCAUCUAGGUCCUCCUCCUCAUGCCCUCGCCCGUCCGCUGCGAGCGGCAGCCCCCGGAUGCCCCUUCGCACCCUGCUGGGCGGCCGCCGUAGCCUUAGCUCCACCCACUGCAGGACUGACAGCCCCUCCCCUCAGAGGACGUGCCCGUCCAGGCAGCCCCUUUCAGUUCGGUCCCCUACCGUCCCCAUGCUGCCACCUAGGACUACAACAGCUAUGCGUCGCAGCGCCUCCCAGGAAGCCACAGCGCAGACCUCCGUAGCCGCUGGCCCUGCCAGGACCAGGCCCAAACCUGCCGCUGGGGCUAAGCUUAAAGCCAAUGCCAGGGAUAAGGUGGUGCCUGCUAGAUAAUACAGAGGAACUCUAGAGCUGAGACCUUUUUGGUGUAUUUUCAGUCUUUAGAACAGCUAAGCCUCAAAGGUGAUCACCAGAGAGACUGUGAUAUUACAAUAACCUCUAAUUCAUUUAAUGGAAACUUUUUUCUUUUCUUUUGAAGGACAUCUAACUGAACUAUAUUUGGGCUUCCAGUCUCCUGACUGACUGUUGUACAGGAGUGUUGCUGCCAUGGUGCUAUGGAUGCGUCUGCUGCUCCCUGGUUGAUCCCUGAUUUAACUUCCUCCUCCAGCUGAGAGUCAUGGCUCCCAUUUUCAGAUACGAUCACAUAACACCGAACCCCCGGCUUCCUGCAGCUAUGCUAGUCUUCUGUCGACAAUACUCUGCUUGGUUCACAUUGCAUGAUAAUGUAUACCAUAAAUGCAUUGAAUCUGUAAGGGGGAAGC